AUGUUCCAUCGAGAUCGCGCUGCUCUGCAGUCUAUCGACUUUGAUACUGAUGCUAGCGUGUCUGUGCAGCUCGACGACCACUACGACGAGGGCCUAGGCCUUUCGAAGGCAGGCCUGUGGAGCGCCAAGGGGCCGAGCUCGCACGCGGUUCGCGCUAGCCUGGGCAAGAGUGCUGCGCUCCAUGCCGAUUGGGCGCUAGCAGGAUUGCGUGACGCGAACAGAUGGCAGCGUGUGUUCGCAAUGGUGCGAUCUUAUCUGCUGGCCUCGACGUGGAGCACCAGUAUUGCUGAGGCGGCCUUCCUUGCGCAGAACAUCCAGCCGCGCGCUGCACCACCAGUGGACCACCCGUGGGUUGAACAUGUGGUCCGGUUCGCUCUGGUGCUGAACUACUCGGUGGCCUGCUUUGCGGUGCAGUCGCUCCCCUGGGUGGGGCCACUGCUCGCGUUUGUAUUUAUGUGCUUUGUUGACGGCUACUUUUGCUUUGAGCAGGUGUGGGUCGUGCGUGGGUGGUCGCUCGAAAAGCGACUCCGUUUCGCCGAGUCACACUGGUCGUUUCUCCUUGGCUUUGGCGUGCCAUCCACGGCCAUCUCGUUCUUCCAUCCGAGCGGCCUGCUCAACCUCAUGUUGUUCAUGCUCGUGUUUCCCAUCUGCACUGUCCUUGCGUACCUCGCCGAUCCGCAGCCCCACAGCUCUGCGUUUGGGGCACAGACCUCCAUGCUGCCCUCGACAGUACAGGGCGGCCGCGAGCAGCUGCUUGCCUGGCUCCUACCUGCCCGUAUUCCCUUGUUCUGGCCGACCGUGCAGCUGCGGCGCUGGCUCGUGCGCCGCUGGGCGCCGCCACUGCCGCCCAAGCCCACGCCUGCACCAUCGCGCCCAGUGAGCCAAGCGCCGCUCUCGCCUCUUGCGCCGCGCCGCUCGGCAGCCUCGUUUGUCGGUGGCGCAUGGUCGCCGGCCCCCGGCCCGCAUACCUCAGCGGUCCAUAUUCCCAUGGCCGACUCGCUGGGCACGCGCAAGUCUCAUAAGAUUUCAUAA